AUGGCUGCGGCUCUCAUGUCGAAGCCAAUGUGCAGGAAUGCCUUGCAGAGGCGGACUCGGGCUUGCGGCGAGCCCAUGGAGAAGCCCGGCCCGCAGGAUCCUGGAAGCGUUGCCGUGCGCGCCUCGACCUGCACAAUGGAUGCAUCGUGGAACUCUGUUCCUGAUGCGAGGUUUGUCCAAGAGGCCGAACGAGCCGUGUUGAGGCAGGGACAAGGGGAAGUCGCAGGCCGGACUUUCCUGAGGCUGAAGCAUGCCGUGCUCCGUGUAGUUCGUACCUUCCCCCAGACCACUGCAAGUCGAUCGGAAGCCGGGUGUUCCGCCUUGCAUUCCGUCGACCCUUAUCGAUACUCUAGACUGCAUCGGUAUCCCGUCCUGUGCGGAAUGCGGCUCGAAGUGAUAUACCUUUGCAGUGCAAACUCGCCGGGGUCCUCUCCGGCGUCUUCGUCCAUCUCGGACUGCAGCACUCCACCCUCUGCAGCCGACUAG